AUGUGGAUAAGAUUAGGUUCAAUAUAUGAGCAACAGCGACUUUAUCCUGAAGCAAUAAAAGCUUUUAAUAGAGCACUUUCAGUCACAGAUAUCGAUGUUAAUUCUGCUACUACUGCCACUACAAGAUUGGCAAAAUUAUAUGAAAAGAUUGAUCCUGAUAAAGCUGCUGAAUUUCAUACUUCAAUAUUGGUUAGAUCUGAUUUGGCUAUAGAUACAGAAGAUAUUAAAUGUGCACAUACAUUUUUAUCUUUUUAUCAAAAAGAUAAAGGAAAUUUACUAGCUGCAACACAUCAUGCACGUAACUUAUUGGAAUAUGGCGGAACAGCAAAAGAGGAAGCAAAGAGAUUGUUACAUAUAAUUAAUUCAUUGAAGGGUAAUGAUAUCGUAUAA